GGAAAAAUAAAAUUGAAACGAGAGAGAUCCGAAAGGUGCGACUAAUCUCAGAGUGAUGAACCGGAAAGUAAAACCACGUAACCGAAUUGGGAUCCAACCGGUUUACCACUAUCUACUCUAUCUCCGAGCUGUCUUCCUCUUCAUUCCGACUUAAAAGAAAGAUCAUCCGUACUUGUCUGAUUCCAAACCAAACCAAACACAUUCUUCUCUGUUUUUUGUUUUUUAUUCUUCUGUUGCAAAUGUCGCAUUCCAUUUUAUCCGCUUUGUCGGAAGAUCUCCUGGUUCGCGUCUACGGGUUUCUAGACCCGCCGUGUCGGAAAACAUGGCGUCUCGUCAGCAGAGAGUUCCACCGAGUCGACUCGCUGAGCCGAACCUCGAUCCGAAUCCUCCGCGUCGAGUUCCUCCCCGCGCUUCUCUUCAAGCACCCCAACCUCUCCUCGCUCGACCUCUCCGUGUGCCCCAAACUCGACGACGACGUCGUUUUGCGCAUAGCCCUCGACGGCGCCGUUUCGACGUCGCGUCUCAAGUCGCUCAACCUCAGCCGCGCCACCGCGGUUCGAGCCAGGGGACUGGAGACGCUGGCUCGUCUGUGCCGCGCUCUGGAGCGAGUCGACGUGUCUCACUGCUGGGCUUUCGGCGACAGGGAGGCGGCGGCGCUUUCCGUCGCGGCGGGGCUCAGGGAGCUGAAGAUGGACAAAUGCUUGAGCCUAAGCGACGUCGGAUUGGCGAGGAUCGUCGUCGGGUGCAGUAAGCUUAACAAGAUUAGUUUGAAGUGGUGUAUGGAGAUCUCUGAUCUUGGGAUUGAUCUUCUCUGUAAGAAAUGUAAAGACUUGAAGUCUCUCGAUGUUUCGUAUCUCAAGAUCACGAAUGAGUCAGUCCGCUCUAUAGCUUUACUACCAAAGCUCGAGGUUUUAGAAAUGGUAAGCUGCCCGUUGAUAGAUGAUGCUGGGUUACAGUAUCUCGAGAAUGGCUCUCCUUCACUAAAGGAGAUUGAUGUCACAAGGUGUGAUCGUGUGAGUUCGUCCAGCUUAAUCUCCAUAGUCAAAGGCCAUCCUGAUCUUCAACACCUUAAAGCCAGUCACUGUAUAUCCGAAAUAUCUCUGAGCUUCUUACACAACAUCAAAGCUUUAAAGCAUCUCAAGACUCUAUGGAUCGAUGGAGCUCGUGUCUCUGAUUCCUCUCUGUUAACCUUAAGCGCUAGCUGUAGAGCCUUAACAGAACUCGGAGUGAGCAGAUGUGUAGGUGUGACUGACAUUGGGAUGAUGGGACUCGCACGCAACUGCUCCAACCUCAAAGCUCUUAACCUGGCGUGCUGCGGGUUCGUGACGGAUGCAGCCAUCUCUGCUGUAGCUCAAUCUUGUCUGAACCUGGAGAGUUUACAGUUAGAGUCUUGCCAUUUGAUAACAGAGAAAGGUCUUCAAUCGCUUGGAUGUUACUCCAAGCGUCUUCAAGAACUCGAUCUUACUGACUGUGAUGGCGUUAAUGAUAGAGGGCUUGAGUAUAUCUCAAAAUGUUCGAAUCUUCUAAGAUUGAAACUUGGACUCUGCGCAAAUAUCUCAGACAAAGGGAUCUUUCAUAUCGGCUCCAAAUGCUCGAAGCUUCUAGAACUUGAUCUAUACCGAUGUGCUGGUUUUGGAGAUGAUGGUUUAGCAGCUAUAUCAAGAGGUUGCAAGAGCUUGAACCGGCUCAUUCUAUCGUACUGCGGUGAACUAACAGACACAGGGGCUGAGAAAAUCCGCCAGCUAGAACAACUGACUCACCUUGAACUUCGAGGGAUAAAGAAUAUAACGGGUACUGGUCUAGCUGCAAUUGCGCGCGGCUGCAAGAAACUGGCUUACUUGGACCUCAAGCAAUGUGAGAAUAUCGAUGACUCAGGCUUCUGGGCGCUUGCGUACUUCUCAAGAAACCUAAGACAGAUAAACUUGUGCAAUUGCUCUGUCUCUGAUACGGCUCUAUGCAUGUUGAUGAGCAAUCUGAGUCGGGUUCAAGACGUUGACUUAGUCCACUUGAACCGUGUGACUGUGGAAGGGUUUGAGUUUGCUCUAAGAGCAUGUUGCAACAGGCUCAAGAAGCUUAAACUUCUCGCACCUCUCAGAUUCUUGCUCUCAUCUGAAUUGCUCGAGGUGCUUCAUGCUCGUGGUUGCCGAAUUAGAUGGGACUGAAAACAAAAAAACACACGAUCGUUUCUUGCUUUGGUAGAUUGUUGUAGUCGUUAUAAUCAAUGGAACUUGGCUAGUAACAUUUUAAUGUGAAUCCGUAUUUUGCUGUCUACACUGCUUUUGUCUUAUCUUACAACAUUGUUUGUGUAGAGGAACUCAGUUUUCAAAAGUUAUCACCUAAAUGUUUUGAUGAUGGGAUUCUGUUUUUUUUUUUUAGUUUGAGAA